GCUGGCCAACAGAUUUGUUGGAAUAGCACAGAUUCAUAGUUUGUUUGGAUCUAGACAUGGAGCUAACAGGACAGAGCAAACCAUCAAAAUCUUUUCAGAAAAUCCUCAGACUGGUUCUGCUCAGUGUUUUUAUUCUUGGAUGUAUUGUGACUGCCUUGAUCAUGUACUAUAAACCAUCCUCCCCUUUGUUAAACCAUCUAUUACAGUCAUCAGAUUCCACAAAGAACAUCCAGCAUGUUUAUUCUGAAACCAAUUACAAAAACAUGACUAUAGUUCUUGUUUGGCUGUGGCCCUUUGGUCAAACCUGUGAAAUGAACAUCUGCAGCUCUGCCUUCAACAUCGAGGGCUGCUUCAUCACAGCAGACAGAAAGUUCUACAACAAAUCGGACGGGGUCGUCAUCCAUCACAGAGACAUUGCUGGGGACCUGUCCAACUUGCCAAAAUCACAGAGGCCUCCUUUCCAGAAAUGGAUCUGGAUGAACUUUGAGUCGCCGUCGCAUUCAGUCCAGCUUCCUGGGAUUAGUAACUUGUUUAAUCUGACUCUCAAUUACCGUCGAGAUUCCGACAUCCAAGUGCCUUAUGGGUCUUUUGUAGCAGCAGAUACUGUGGAGGACUUUGUACCACCAAGCAAAGACAAACUGGUCUGCUGGAUCGUCAGCAACUGGAGCCCUAAUCACGUGAGGUCAAAAUAUUACAAUGAGUUGAGAAACCAUAUUAAAAUUCAAACGUAUGGACGUGCCUUUAAGAACUACAUUGCUGACAAAGAUUACAUCCCUACUAUAGCCAGUUGUAAGUUUUAUUUGUCCUUUGAGAACUCAAUCCACAAGGACUACAUCACUGAAAAACUAUACAUCCCCCUCUCUGUGGGCACAGUGCCAGUGGUUCUUGGCCCAACCAGAGAAACCUAUGAGAUCUUUGUUCCAAGAGAUACUUUUAUCCAUGUGGAUGAUUUUAAGUCACCCAAAGAGCUGGCUGACUAUCUGCUUCUUCUGGACAAGAACGAAGGACUGUACCAAGGGUACUUUAAAUGGAGACGGCACUUUAAAGUAAACAGAGCCCAUUUCUGGGCAGAGCACACAUGUAAGGCCUGUGAUUACCUGAGACAACACAAAGAAUACAGGUCAUUCAAUAACCUUAACAAGUGGUACUGGGGCUGAUGGUGCUUAGAUGGACUAUGCAGAACUCAUCACCUCUAUAAGGUGGGACUCAGCACACAGAAAAAAAAACAAUUACUUGGUGAGACAAACAUUAAGUUAAAAAUUUAGAUGUAAUAUUUAAUUCAGGCCUUUUUGAAAUACCAUCUCAUUUGUGAUUGUGAAGAUGUCACCUAUGCAGAGCACUGAAAUCAAAUGUGAAGGUAGUUUAACACUGUUGUGAAUAAUUUUGGAAAUCUGUAGAUGUCUUUAAACAUUCUUUGACGUUUACAUUUGCACUGCAGAUCUAAAGGAUGCUUCUCUUUACAUUUUGUGAAGAAUGAUCAAUGAUCGUAGUAGUAAUUACUUUCAGCGGGCAUGUCAUUAAGAGCUUGGUUUCUGUAGUCGGUACCCAGAAAAAAAUUAUGUGAAUUGGAUUUUAUUUAGAAGGUUCCCUUGCAGCCUGAACAACCAUAAUUUUCAGCAUUGUCCAAGUCUUGACAUGAAUGAAAAAAAUAUGUUAAUAGUAUGGAGACUAUCUUACCUUCCUCUCUUCUUACCUUAUUUUUUCUGCUUAACUUCUUGUCUCAUUCUAUCCUUCAACACUUCCGUGUUUAUGUAAAUCUUUUUUUUUUACUUCUUGUAUUCUAAGUCCUCCUUUUCUUUCCUUUUUCCCUUCACUCUUCCAUCUCUUUUGUACUCUUGUAUUUUUUGUACAAAUAGGGAAUUAUUUUGUUAAUUUGUAGGUAUGGAGAUCAAAAACAUAUUGUACUAUGAAUGGGGUUAAAUCUCUUAUGUGUGGUUUCUACUGAAAUUUAAAAAAAAAAAUCUGCCAGUUUACUGAGACAUUUAGUGAGUCAGAACAAGUUUUUUGCCAAAUCAUUGUAUUUUGCCAAAUGUGUUCUAACUAUAGAUGUCUACUAGUAUAAUUUAGAGAAUAAAUAUAUGUGUACGGUAACUGAAUAAACCUGAAUGGUGUGACCUAA